UAAUUCUACAAUGUCAGCAAGCGCGCCAUAUCCCGAGUUCUGGGUCCGCAAAAUGCGCUCAGUUUUUGUAAUGUUCGACCACGACUUGGACGGCGUUGUCAAAAAGAAUGAUUUUGUGGACUUUUGCAUCGCUAGAGCUAAGUGUCUCCUCAAACAAGAACAAAUUGACACGUUUAAGGACCAAAUCAACAACGCUUGGGAUUAUUUCUGGGCCGGGCCGGAGAAGAGAGUGAACGUAACUCUUAGGGACUAUAUCUACAACCACGCGCGCACUUUUCGCGAACCAACUUUUCAAGAAGAGCAGAGAAAAUGGUUAUAUGUCUAUUUCGACACAGUCGCAGACAAAAGUGGCCACGGUUAUAUUACCAGAAAGGAAUAUGAAGAGUUCCUGGGCCUUUUUGGCGUACACCCUCUGUCUGUCCCUCCAUCGUUUGAGGCCUUGGACACAGAUGGUGAUGGUCAGAUCAGCAAAGAAGAGUUCGUAAAUGCUGCCGUUGGUUUCUUCAGCUGCACUGCAGACACCCCAGCAAAGUUGUUUUUUGGUCCGUUCUUGGCUUAAAUCCCCUGAUCAUGUGGAAACCGUCAAUAAUAUGCUUUACCUGCAUGGUAUAUUGCACUGUGCCGCUUGACAUGCAUAGCACCGUUGAAGGUUGUCUGAGGCAGCCGUGCGUUAAUGAAAUGACAUUAGGACGUUCAGUGUAUUAUUCUUCUGUUGACAUUGUUAUCAUUAAAAUCACAAGGUACCUA